AUGGGGGAGCUUGUGACCCUUCCCGGUUUCCCUAAUGCCUUACUCCGCCCGUCUGGCGAUGAUGGAGGUGGUGGUGAUGAUGGUGAUGGUGAUGACGAUGGUGAUGAUGAUGGCGAUGAUUAUGGCGAUGAUUAUGGCGAUGAUGAUGGCGAUGAUGAUGGCGAUGAUGAUGGCGAAAGCGAUGAUGAGGAGAUGCUUUAA